UCUAAGUGAAUUAGUUAUGUGAAGUAACCAUAUAAAGCUUUCUAAUCAAAAACGUUCAGUGUGGGUUGGAUUAUGUGGGUUUUAUUAAUGAUUUUUUCCCUUUUUUGUACAUUUUAUACGUUUGCAGGGCUACAACUGUACUGUACCCGGAGACAUUAACUGUGAAAACUGCUAGUGAUGGCUUCUUUUUGUAGAUGAUAGUGUCGCAGUCCUGAAUAAACCGGUGGUCCUUAAAGAUAUGCAAUGCUAAUUUUCCUGUUAGAAUUAUGGUGCAGUAUUUACGAUGACAUUGCCAUAAAGACACUUGGACCUUGGUUGCAGAGAUGUUUAGUGCAACACAAGUGUCAAAGGCCCAGUUUCUUGACAAAGCUCGACAAGCUCGUGAAGAAAGGAAAGGAUGUAAAGAGAGAGAAAAGGCAGCAAUUCGUAUCCAAGCUGUGGUCAAAGGGUUUCUUUGUCGGUGUCGGCUGCAGAGGGAAAUAAGGAAAGAAGUUGAAGAUUUUCUUGAAGGCAGUGAAACAAGCAAACACAAUGCACUGUCUGUUUUUAGAAUAUCCAGGAAACUUUUAUUCGUAUUUGACAUGAAAAAGGAUAAAACUAAAUUUGAAAAGUUAUGUCGCUGCAUUUUGAACAGCAUGGAUGUGGAGAAUGAUUCCAAGGUUUGGUAUGUAUCAUUAGCACUUUCAAAAGACCUCACUCUCCUGUGGAUCAAACAAAUUAAGGAUAUUUUGUGGCUAUGUUGUUCAUAUCUCAAACAAUUAAAGCCAGACAUCUUGCAAGAGUCGAAAUUGAUCACUUUGUACCUCGCAAUGCUAGUUACAUUUACAGAUGUCUCUUCCUGGAAAAUAGUCAGAGGCAAAGGGGAAGUGGUGAAGCCAAGCAUGAAUCGCAUCUGUGCAAAUAUAAUGGGCCACCUUAAUCAGAAAGGGUUUUAUGCUACACUACAGAUUUUGUUAACAAAUGGGUUGGCAAGAUCCAGGCCUUCUUUGUCUAAGGGCACUUUAACUGCAAUUUUCACACUUGCACUGCGGCCUGUACUUGCUGCCUUCUUCUCUGAUAAUCUGCUGCGAUCAUUCUUAGUCCACAUUAUGUUUAUCCCAGCUUUAGUGUCACAUCUGUUUACUAUUGCACCUGAGUGUAUGACAAUGAUAGAGUCCAACGAACUUCUCCGUAAAUUCAUUCUGUAUCUUAGCCGGGAGGAACAGUGCAAUGAUAUCUGUACAUGCCUGGAAGGAAGCCACACUCUUUGUCUUCUCAGCAACCUGAUUUAUUUAGGCUACCAGUAUGUGAAGGUCGUAGAGGAAGAUAUGGGUCAUUUUGUUAAUGUUCUCACUCAGAUGCUUUCUUACUGUCAGAAGUAUGUUUCCCAGAAAAAGUCCAAUCUCACGCACUGGCACCCUGUACUGGGUUGGUUCUCUCAAACUGUGGAUUAUGGUUUAAAUGAGUCAAUGCCACUGGUUACAAAACAACUUCAGCACCUUUGGGGUAUAAGCUUGAUUCGCCUGCUCUUCAAUGAUGUACUGAGCAAGAAGCUUAUGGAGAGUCAAGAUGUAAAACAAGCAACACCGCAGCAUUCCUCACCACAAAACAGCCUGCCAGUGAAAAAUAUCUUUAAACGUGCUUUUCAGAAAUCAGCAUCAGUCCGUAACAUUUUAAAACCAAUAGGAGGGAAACGUGUUGACUCACCUGAGGUACAGAAGGUCUGCAGUGUUUGUGUUCUGUACCAGACUGCUCUUGCGACUUUAACACAAAUCAGACUGCAGAUUCUAACAGGAUUAACAUAUCUAGAUGACCUCUUGCCAAAACUGUGGGCAUUCAUUUGUGAGCUGGGACCUUAUGGAGGUUUGAAAUUGUUUCUCGAGUGCCUAAACAAUGACACAGAGGAAUCUAAGAGGCUUCUGUCAAUGCUGAUGCUGUUUUGUGACUGUUCUCGACACCUCAUCACAAUCCUGGAUGACAUUGAAGUAUAUGAAGAACAGAUCUCAUUUAAGCUUGAAGAGUUUGUAACCAUGUCGGCAUUUUUGAAUUCUUUUGUCUUUAAAAUGAUUUGGGAUGGAAUCUUGGAGAAUGCAAAUGAAGAGAAACAGGGACUGUUCCAUUCAGUUCAUGGGUGGUUGAUGGUGCUGUAUGAACGAGACUGUCGGCGACGCUUUUCUCCAGAAGACCACUGGCUACGCAAAGACCUGAAGCCCAGUCUGCUGUUUCAGGAGCUGGAGAAGAAAAAGAAGCGUGCUGAGCUGCUGCUGCAGUAUAUCCCACAUGUCAUUCCGCACAAAAAUAGAGUACUUCUUUUUAGAAAUAUGGUGACGAAGGAAAAAGAAAGCUUGGGAUUGGUAGAAACCACUUCAGUUUCACCUCAAGUUACACAUAUAACUAUUCGCAGAUCACGAAUGCUGGAGGAUGGAUAUGAACAACUAAGGAAGCUGCCACCACAUGCACUGAAAGGAGUUAUCAGAGUGAAAUUUGUAAAUGAUCUUGGAGUGGAUGAGGCUGGAAUUGAUCAAGAUGGUGUCUUCAAAGAGUUCUUAGAAGAAAUUAUCAAGAAAGUCUUUGAUCCUGCUUUGAAUCUCUUCAAGAUAACUAGUGGAGAUGAACGACUCUACCCAUCACCAACUUCAUAUAUCCAUGAAAAUUAUUUGCAGCUGUUUGAAUUUGUGGGGAAGAUGUUGGGAAAGGCUGUUUAUGAAGGAAUAGUAGUUGAUGUCCCAUUUGCCUCAUUCUUUUUGAGCCAGCUUCUUGGUCAUCACCACAGCAUGUUCUACAGCUCCAUUGAUGAACUUCCAUCACUGGAUUCAGAAUUUUACAAAAAUCUGACAUCUAUUAAGCGAUAUGAUGGAGAUAUCGGUGACUUGGGACUGACAUUUUCAUAUGAUGAAGACGUUAUGGGACAGCUUGUUUGCCAUGAGCUUGUUCCUGGAGGAAAGACAAUCCCAGUAACCAAUGAAAACAAAAUUAGUUACAUCCAUCUUAUGGCCCAUUUCCGAAUGCACACUCAGAUUAAAGAACAAACAUCUUGCAUGAUCUCUGGAUUCAGAUGCAUCAUACGACCAGAGUGGCUUCACAUGUUUUCCCCACCUGAACUGCAGCGGCUUAUGUCUGGGGAUAAUGCUGAGAUUGACCUUGAAGAUUUAAAAAAGCAUACUGUGUACUACGGUGGCUUCCAUGGAAGUCACAGAGUUAUUAUUUGGCUGUGGGAUAUUCUGUCUAAUGAUUUCACACCUGAAGAGAGAGCAAUGUUUCUUAAGUUUGUUACCAGUUGUUCUAGACCGCCUCUUCUUGGAUUUGCUUACCUCAAACCUCCAUUCUCCAUUCGUUGUGUUGAAGUGUCAGAUGAUCAAGACACUGGGGAUACGCUUGGCAGUGUCUUACGGGGAUUCUUCACAAUUCGUAAGAAAGAACCAGGUGGACGUCUUCCCACAUCUUCAACUUGCUUUAAUUUGCUGAAACUUCCAAACUAUAGCAAAAAGAGUAUUCUACGAGAGAAACUUCGCUAUGCCAUUAGUAUGAAUACAGGAUUUGAACUCUCCUAGUGAACCUGAGUUUUUUUUUGUUUUUUUUUAUCAGAUUGCAUAGUCCAGUCACAUUGACUUGCUUUCCCCAGAAAAAGUUAUUUGAAUCAAAAUGUUAUUUGUCAGUGUAAAGACUCUGAUUCCAUUAGUAGUACUUCAAGAAAGUAACUUUAGA